AUGGAUAAGGCUUGGAUGCAUAUUGAAGAUAGAAUGCGUUCUAUCGAAUAUGCUGAAGGCGUCAAACAUUUCAUAGAGCUGGCAAAGGCCCAUUCACCGGGUAGAGACUGCAUUAGGUGUCCAUGUAGGAGAUGUCGAAAUCGAACUUUCCAUCCCAUUUCAUUGGUUCAGGAUCACUUGUUCAUCGUAGGUAUUGAUACAUCUUAUUCUGCAUGGAUUUUCCACGGCGAGAAGGAAACAGAAAAUGAUGCCGCAUUUUCUGAUGAAGAAGUUCCUGAUGAUGAUAACUACAAUGACUACAUUGAUGAUGUAGAUGAGAUGUUAGAUGACAUCCGUGUGGGAUCCUUUAUGGAUAAUUCUGGUAGAACAGAAUUUUAUGUAGACGACGGGCUGUCACGACACACCGCUGAGGCUCCGAUACUGGGUAAUUUCGACGAGUUACUGGAAAAUGCACGAAAGCCACUUUAUCCAAACUGCACCAACGUUUCGAAACUAUCAUUCAUAGUCAAGUUGCUUCACAUAAAGACAGUUGGGGGUUGGACUGUGAAGUCUUUUGACAUGGUUAUUAAGCUGUUGCAAGCAGCAUUUCCUCAAGCACUGUUCCCCGCCUCAUACCACGAUGCUCGCCGCUUACAGCAGGGUUUGGGAUUUAGUUACACAAAGAUCCAUGUAUGCCCAAAUGAUUGUGCAUUGUUUUGGAAGAAUCAUGCUAAUAAAGACGAGUGCCCUAAAUGUAAUGCAUCUAGGUGGGCCUUAAGUACAACUAACCAACAGAGGAUACCCCAAAAAGUCCUCCGAUAUUUCCCUUUGAAGCCGCGGUUGCAAAGGCUGUUUAUGUCUAAAAAGACUGCCCAAUCCAUGAGAUGGCAUGUAGAAGAGCGUGUUGACGACCCCAACUUCAUGAGACAUCCAGCUGAUUCUACUGUAUGGAAAGAUUUUGAUAACAAACAUCCUUGGUUUGCUCAAGAUCCUCGUAAUGUUAGACUUGGUCUAGCAAGUGAUGGGUUCAACCCAUUUAAUAAUAUGAGCAAACCGUACAGCAUUUGGCCAGUGCUACUUGUGUCGUACAACUUGCCACCUUGGUUAUGCAUGAAAGAUCCAUACGUGAUGAUGUCAUUAUUGAUCCCUGGACCAAAGGCACCGAGAAAUGAUAUUGAUGUGUUCUUGCGUCCCCUAAUAGAUGAGUUGACAGAAUUAUGGGUAGAGGGAAUUCAUACAUAUGAUGCAUACAAACGAGAAUCUUUUCAAUUGAGGGCUGCGUUACUCUGGACCGUCAAUGACUUUCCUGCAUACGCAAAUCUGUCCGGUUGGAGCACGAAGGGUAAGUUGGCAUGCCCUACAUGUAACUUAGAAACAAAUUCUUUGUGGCUUGUGAAUGGCCGGAAACAUUGUUAUAUGGGCCAUCGUCGGUGGUUGGUGCUAGAUCAUGCUUGGAGAAGGAAAAAGACAGCUUUUAAUGGUAAGGACGAACACCGUCUCAAACCGAAAAUUCUGGAGGGACAAGCUUUAAUGGAGCAAUUACAUGAGGUCUCAAAUUUGCAGUUUGGUAAAUUAUUAAAGAAGAGAAAACGUACACUGAAUGAACUAAACUGGACAAAAAAAAGUAUCUUCUUUGACCUACCAUACUGGUUAGACUUGGGAUUGAGACAUAACUUGGAUGUCAUGCAUAUUGAGAAAAAUAUUUGUGAUAACGUUUUGGGAACCUUGAUGAAUAUUGAAGGCAAAAGCAAGGACACCGCUACUGCGCGUAGGGAUUUGGAAGAUCUUGGACUGAGGAAAGAAUUACAUUUACAGCAUCAUGGUAAUCAAACUUCUAUGAGUCUUGGUUGUUAUAUGUUAAACGUAAAUGAGAGGAGGAGUUUUUGUGCACGCUUGUCAGAAGUUAAAUUUCCUGACGGCUUUGCCUCGAAUAUUGCCCGAUGUGUCAACGUUUCUGAAGGAAAAAUCAUGGGUAUGAAGAGUCAUGAUUGUCAUAUCUUGAUGCAAUAUUUGUUGCCGGUUGUUAUUGGUGGGUACCUACGACCCGAUGUGCGUCGAUGUUUAAUAGAGUUGUGUUCGUUUUUCAAGGAAUUAUGUGGUCGAACACUAGACAUAACAGUGUUGAAACGGCUUCAAGCUAAUAUUCUCAUCAUUCUUUGCAAACUGGAAAUGAUAUUCCCACCUGCAUUUUUCGAUAUCAUGGUGCACCUUGCUAUUCAUCUGCCAGAUGAGGCUUUGCUAGCAGGACCUGUCCAAUACAGGUGGAUGUACCCUUUCGAGAGGUAUAUGGGUAAGUUCAAACGGUAUGUCCGCAACAGAGCCCAUCCAGAAGGCUCAAUUGCAGAGGCCUAUUUGCAUGUGGAGUGCCUGACAUUUUGCUCUAUGGACCACCGUAACAAUAUGCAAGAAGAGGACCCAAGUAACUUCAAGCAUAGGCACCAAAUGCAAUUCCCAAUGUGGUUCAGAACACGUAUUGCCGAGUUGCAUGCAAUGACUCCCCCCGCGGUGACCGAUGACAUAUUUGCUUUAGCAUGUGGGCCAGAUCCAUUGGUCGCGAGAUAUGCCAGUUGUAUAAUGAAUGGAAUUCGAUUUCACACAAAGGAGCUUGAAGGGCAUCACCGCACCCAAAACAGUGGGGUUGUUGUUCAUGGCGACCAUGAAGGAGUGCCUGUUGACUUCUACGGCGUGUUGCAAGACAUCAUAGAAUUACGCUAUAUGGGGCAAUGGUAUAAAGAUGAGCCGUUCGCCCUCGCUUGCCAAACGUUGCAAGUAUUCUACAUCAAGGACCCGAAUUGGGGGGGAAGUUGGCAUGCGGUACACAAGAUAACCAAUAGGAAUCUUUAUAAUAUUCGCCACAAGACCUCGGACGUGCAUGAUGAUGCUGAUGAUGACGAUGAUGGGUCGGACACUCUUGAAACUGAAGAUGAGAGUGAUACUGAUGUUAUUCAUUAUGUCUCAGUUAAUGAAACUAGCCCGGAGACGCUCAAUCCAGUGACCCGAGGAGAUUCAGACAACUUGCCGGUUGAUUCGUCAACCAUGUCACCUAAACAAUUGUGUAGAGAAACUGACGAUGAGGAUUGUGUUGAUGAUGAAGACCUUAACCGGCAAUUUGAUAUGGAGAACAUGCCUGCUGUGGAUAGUGAUGACAGCGCCUGA